AAUACGCAGUCCAGUCUUACUUCUGCAGCAUGCGGUCAACCGAUACUGUGGCUCACGCGAGGGCUUCUUGUCAUCGAUGUCAUCGCCGGAAGAAGAAGUGCGAUCGCUCACUACCGCAAUGUGACAAUUGCCGACUCGCACGCGUAUCGUGCAGUUUCCUCGACAGUGACCAGCAGAUAGGAUCUUACCCGAUCGCUUUUGUACAGGGGUUGGAGGCAAAAAUUCGAGAACUUGAGAAGAAUGCUGCACCAGCUUUGACAUCACCAAACAAUGCACUGGACUGGAAUGCUGUGCCGGUCUUACCGUCAGCUAACACAUUUGAGACGUCUAAUCCAUCCGCACCGAACGAACUAUCAAAUAUCAAUAUCCUAGACGAACAACAACUAAAUCUAGAGGAUUUCCUGCUGGAUAUGGAUAUUUUUCACUACUCAGCUCCUGCCACUACCAGCAUUGUUCUAAACGAGUGCGUUCAAGACUCGCGCGUCUCUCCCCGGCAAGCAUCGCCAGUCUCUCUUUCCCAGGAGUUACGGUCACUUUCAAUACAAGCCUUGGCCCAGGGGCACCUUGGGUCUUCCUCUGGUCUCUCUUUCGCCCAACUCACACAGACGGUCCUUCGCCGAUUGUCGCCUGAGAAGGCUGAUUUCGUGUUCAAAAACAACGGCGAGUCGGGAGGGCCCAACCCUUUGGUAGAAGGUGUGACCCCAACUCUCUCUGGGCUCACCAGCUCUGUAUCGCUACAUCCCAAAUUGUUUGGUCUUCGCGCUCUGGGCGAUGUAACGGAGCCGGAGGAUGUCCUGUCUGGUUUACAAUUACCAGACCAGUCGCACAGGAAUCGUUUGGUGGAUUUCUAUUUCGCAUGUUCUUAUACACUCUACCCUAUCCUCAGUCGGCGCGAAAUCACAUCGAUCAUUGAAGAUCUUCUUUCUGAUGACCAAUCCCCUUCCGCCAAGUCUCCGUUAUGUUUGUUCAAGCUGUGGAUAGUUCUUGCGAUAGGAUCAGCAAACUAUUGCGCGUUGGAAAUGUCCGAAGAGUCUGAGCCCAUGCUCUACUACAGCAAGGCUAUGCUAUACUUUGAGGCGGCCUUGGGAUAUGGGGAUAUGGCCGCAUUGGAAGUCCUGGCGUUACAGGUCUGCUACGCCUUCUUUAAUCAAUUAGGACCAAAUACUUGGUUUCUUGUGGGACUAGCUGCGAGAAUGGCGGUUGGCAUCGGUCUGCAUACAUCCUCCACCUACGACUCCCUUCCCGUGCACGUCGCGGAAAGGCAAAAGCGAGUAUUCUUCUCAGUAUACAUGAUGGAUCGCGUUGUAUCCUUGGCCCUGGGUCGACCGUUUGCUUUGAAUGAUGAAGAUAUUGACGUUCUGCCAUUCGUGCAUGCCAUUGACGAGAAAUUGGAGGCGGUACUAGACGUGCCGAACCCUCUCCAGCCUUCCAUUUUGGUGGUCCCUCUUCACAUACUUGGCCUCAGAAGAAUCGCCAGCAAAAUUUCGAAAAUGGUCUACUCCGCUAACACAGCCGUAGGCAAAAGUCUGGAAGAACGCGAGGCGAUAAUCAGGUUGCUACAAGAGGAACUCGUCGAUUGGCGGCGCACCAUGCCGUUCCCUCUACCAGACAUUCACCCACGCGUACCUCAAUUGUGCAGCAGCUGGUAUGACUUUAACUUUUACACGCACCUUGCGAUGCUGUACAGACCGAGUCCUCUCUCUCCCACCCUGAGCCAAGCGCGAGUCAAGAUUCUCCUUGAAGCAGCAACAAUGUCUAUUCGCCAGGCCAUGAAUAUGCACCGUCAGCAAAGAUUUGCUUAUAAUUGGCUGAAUCUUCUUGCAAUAUUCAAAUCGUCGCUGUCUCUGAUAUAUGCCGUCACAGCCCAGCCGAACAAUCUCGUUGAUGUCUUGAAGGGAACAGAGGUUGUACAUGAGCUCGAAUCAGCCAUGGAAUUGUUGGAAACACUAGGCAUAAAAUUCACAGCAGCAAAGAAGAUCCGACAUAUGAUAGGGGAGAUCGUAGAAAGAUAUCAAGAAUUAUGUUGCAACUGAAGAAAUGUAUAAUUGGGGUCGAUGUAUAGUACCUAGGUAGUAUCUCCUAAUUUACGCUAAGAGGAAGAGAG